AUGGUCCGCUCGCUUAUCGUCAUUGCAGCCACCACCGCCGCUGUUGUCAGCGCCGCCGAAGGCUACGAAACCUACCCGUCGGUGGCCCACACCGCCACCUACAACGGGUUCGCUGACCCAUUGAUCCCCCGAGUGGGGCCGUGCGUCCAAGAAUGUCUCAAGGCCAACCCGGGCACGGGGAUGACCCCCUGCCCUUACUGGGACACGGGGUGUCUCUGUAUCAUGCCGAUGUUUGGCAACAUUGUCGCCGACUGUAUCGCGGCGCUGUGUGUCGGCGACGAAGUGAAGCUGGCCACCGAGCAAGCGGUGGAGGUUUGUCUGGCUGCCGGGGUGUGGAGCCCUUACUGGUUCUACGGCGACUCCCAGAAGCAGGCGUUGCUGGCGGCGGCGGCGAAGACGGCCGAGCCGACGCUGUCGGAAGCCGCUCCGGAACCGACGCUGUCGUCGGCGGAAGCUCAACCCUCGGAGACUUCCACCACCACCGAACCCGAACCCACCGCUGAAGAAACCUCCGCCCCUCAACCCACCGAAGAAGUCACCACUGCCCCUGAACCCAUCGAAGAAACCUCUGCCCCUCAACCCACUGAAGAAACUUCGGUGCCUGAGCCGACUUCGGAGAAAACUAGCACUGCUGAACCCACGCUGGCUUCGGGUGACGGCAUCGUCGCUCCCGAAUCUGGCUCGGAGUCGCCGUCGUCGUCGAUUGAAGCUGAAUCCACCGUCUCUGCUUCCGAAUCGGCCACCGACUCUGCCUCCCAAUCGGCUGAAGUGAUUGACUCUUCCGCUUCCGCUUCCGCCUCCGCUUCGGCUGCUCCUGAAGUGGAAUCGUCCUCGGAAAUUGCUGAACCCUCGCCCUCGGCUUCGGUCUCGGCCUCGGCUUCGGUGUCCACCUCCCCCUUCACUAACGGCACCAAGACCGUGAUUGAAGACAAGACCGUCACCGACAUCGUGUUCUACUGUCCCGAAACCACCACCGUCACCAUCACUAAGUGCGAAGAAACUUGUCUGGAAACCGUCACCGUGUGCCCUCCCGGUACCGUCACCAUCUACGGCGAAUGUGUCGUGCCUGAAGACUACACCCCCGGUCAAAUCGGCGAUAAGACCGUCACCGUGCCUCCCCCCGGCCCCGUCACCGUGUGUGAAGAAUGCCAAAAGCCCAAGCCUACCGAAGCGGGCAAGCCCAAGCCUACCGAAGCGGGCAAGCCCACCACUCAAGCGGGCAAGCCUACCACUCAAGCGGGCAAGCCUACCACUCAAGCGGGUAAGCCCACUAAUGUGGAAAACCAAUCGUUGGCUGGUCCCCUGAGAACCGCUGAACCCUCGCAAGCUCCCACUGUUGAGAUCGCCAACGCCGGCUCCAAGGCUGUUGCCGGGUCAUUGGGAGCGUUAGCGUUCCUCGCCUUGCUCAUGUAA